AUGAGGCCACCACUGACCACAGCAGUGGCCUCUUCGGACCCCAAGCCUGGGAAUAUCAAUGCGCUUGCUUUACCAGCCUCUGGUUUCUUCAUCACAGACAUCUUAUCUGGCCACAUCAAGCUCAUCGCAGCCAAUGGAAGUACAAUUCCCACCUACAGCACCCGCACCAUCCCUAUCCAAGCAGCCGAACGCAGCUUUUCUUGGGAUUUCGUCAUCACUGAUGUCAAGACGCCUCUCCUAGGAGUGGAUUUCCUGAGUCAUUAUGGAUUGCUCAUUGAUGUUGCCAACCAUAAAUUGCUGGAUGUAGCAACAUUCCGCUCAGCUCCUCUUGGCUCCCACUGCCGACACACAGAAAUCUGUUCAUUGAGAAUAGAUAUCCCUUACGACAUGCUCAGACAAAAAUUCCCUGAAGUAUUCUGCCUAGAACUCCAUCAGCAGCAUGGUCACUCAUCAAAACAUGGAAUUUUCCACUACAUCAAAACAACGGACCCCCCAGUUCAUUCCAAGUUUAGACAGCUAUCCCCUGAAAAACUUCAAGCAGAAAAACAAGCUUAA